AUGGAUAACCAGUCGCGCUCCCUCGAUGAGACCGCUGGCCACGGGUACGGCAGUGGUUACUACGCUACUUCCGAGGCCAUCAGUCAGGACGCUUCGGCCUAUGAAAGCUACACGCCCACCUACGGAAGCGCGUACGACCAAUUCUCGGGUUCCAACCCGGGUGCUCUAGACAAUCUUGACCUUUCUUCGGGUUCCUAUUCCCAAGAAAUCGAUCUCCAUCCUGGACCCCCCGUCUUCUCCCCAUCAACCCCUGCACUCCAGCAUCCAGAUCAGUAUUCGGGUUUGGAUCCUGAACUUGCACUGCAGCAAGUGCGAAAUGGUCUAGGGCAUCAAAACGCUUCGCCCUGGACUCAUGUAAUAGCCCCCGGACCAGAGUACCUGACGCCCAAUUACCACCCUGCUUUUCCUACCUACCAUACUCUGACAAACACCACCACGCCCAGCCUGCUGGAUGAUUUGGCCCAAUCUCUCGCCUGUACAUCGCCCGGCUGGGAUGCUGUCAGUAAUCGAAGCGUCAAUACUGACGGCUCUGGAAUAACUACUUGCGAACGCUGCCGCAAGACCUUUGGCGACUCAAGACAAGCACGAAGACACGCAACAGAGGUGCAUCGUGUGGACAGCGAUCCUCAGUACACAUGCAAAUGCAGCUACCAGGUCACACGCAAGAGCAAUUACCUCCGACACCUCAGUGGCAGCUGUAGGGCGAGGAUUUCUGCAAAUGAGGUUUAUAUCUGCAUUUGUAAAAAGUCUUUCACCGAUCUUGAUGCUCAUUUGACCCAUAUUCGAGUCUGCGGGAAGAAGAAGGCCGGACGUCCACCAAACAGUCCCCGCAGCUCCCACGGCUGA